CCGCGACGAGGCCGAAGCCCCGCCUCCUGGCUCGUGGAGGGCGCUCCCAUUGGCUGAGCCCUUAGCUCGGGCGCCUCCCCCGCUCCGGUGACGGACACUUUGGCAUGAGGAGACGGGGGCCGAACAUUUCUUUCGCCCCUCAGUCGCUCGACGGGCCGCCGACGCCUCCGCGCUCGCCAUGAUGAUGGAGUCGCUGCGCGUGCAGCGGCUGCAGCCGGGCGUUGGGGGCACGCUGCGCUCGCUGCGGCCUGGCGUGACGGCGGGAGCGUCCCUGGCGGUUGCCUCUGCUCCCCCGCCGCCGUUGCCGCCGCCCCCGCCGCCGCUCGGGCUGUCGCUCACCCUGGGGCCUCCCCCGCCGCCGCCGCCUCCGCUGCCGCCUCUCCCGCCGUCGCUCUUGCCGGGCGUGACAGCCGGAUCCAGCCCCCCGGGAGCCGCGGCGACGGGUCCGCCCGCCGUGCUGAGGGAGGCCGUCGAGGCCGUCGUCAGGAGCUUCGCCAAGCACACGCAAGGCUACGGCCGCGUCAACGUUGUGGAAGCUCUCCAGGAAUUCUGGCAGAUGAAGCAAUCACGUGGUGCUGAUCUGAAAAAUGGUGCUCUGGUGGUUUAUGAGAUGGUCCCAUCUAACAGUCCUCCUUAUGUCUGUUAUGUCACAUUGCCUGGGGGGAGCUGUUUUGGCAGUUUUCAGUUUUGUCCUACCAAAGCUGAAGCCAGGAGGAGUGCAGCAAAAAUUGCACUGAUGAAUUCAGUGUUCAAUGAGCAUCCGUCCCGGAGAAUCACAGACGAGUUUAUUGAGAAGAGUGUCUCGGAGGCUCUGGCAUCUUUCAAUGGCAAUAGAGAAGAAGCAGAUAAUCCAAGCACAGGCAUUGGUGCUUUCCGCUUCAUGUUGGAGUCAAACAAAGGAAAGUCCAUGUUAGAGUUCCAGGAGCUGAUGACCGUCUUCCAGCUGCUGCAUUGGAAUGGCAGCCUCAAAGCCAUGCGAGAGAGACAGUGCUCGCGACAGGAAGUGUUGGCUCACUACUCUCACCGUGCUCUCGAUGACGAUAUAAGGAACCAGAUGGCAAUGGACUGGGUCAAUCGGGAGCAAAAUAUCCCAGGGGCUCUUUCAAGGGAGCUGGCCUCAACAGAGCGGGAAUUGGAUGAAGCCCGGCUGGCUGGAAAAGAGCUGCGGUUCCACAAGGAGAAGAAAGACAUUCUGAUGUUGGCAGCUGGCCAGCUGGGGAACAUGCACUCUUCCAACUGUUGAGAAACCCCAGAGAGCUGUUCUGUUUCCCCUUCCCUUCCCUACACUCUCACUUCACAACCAACUUCCUAAUGGGGUGUGGCCUAGAGCUUGUUACAAAAUUGAAGGGGGCAAAAUGUCCAACCAAAUUCUUCUAAUUGGCUUUCAAAUUUUUCUUACGUUAUCAGUCAUGCAACAUGCUUUUUGGAUUUUUAAGUCUAAUCUGGUUUUAGAUUGUUGAGAUUUGGCAAGUAAAUAACCUAUAUCACCAAGCAGAUAGAUACACCCACUCCCUUUUUUAUUUACACACAAACACCAUUUUUCAAUAUACUUCAGCCAGAGAGAAAUAUCUCAAAAUCUGAAAGUUGAAACUUGGUCAGGUUGAGUUUGUUCAUAAUUGAGCUUCAGUUCUAACCUGAAUCACAUCACUUAAAGAGUGUGCACAGAUGCCUCUUUUUGAAGAAUAGGGGCCUAUUUGCACAUUUUUAAAACCUCUUUGCUAAAAAAAAAUCUUUAUAGAUUUUAUAAUGUACUUGGAUAUUCUUAGUUAUCUUUUUUCUCUUUGGGAUAGAGAAUUUCUUAUUGAUUCACUAUAGAGCACAUUUUUAAAUGUAGCCUUUUUAGUGUUAAAUAUACUAAUACUCAUUUAGUCCUCAAUUCUAUCCAGGUACUAUACAGUAUUAAGUGGAAAUGUAGCAUUGCCAAGAGGAUACUAGUUUUGCCAUGGAUAUAAGGCAUAAACUGUAUGUUAGGCAAAUGUAUUCCUGCAGUUUAUGUAGUUUGAUACACUCCUUUUCCCCUUGCCACCUGAUAAGCACAGCACUUAAAACACUCCUCUUCACUGUUCUCGAACUACUAUUAAGGUUUUUAUUUAGUUGGUUAAUGGCAUCUUGUUCUAGCUGGUGUCUUGAUUGCAAGGUUCCACAGAGUUUGAGCAGUUCCCUAUUGCUGCAAGGGAUGGGGUGUAGCUCGUCAUUGUGGCUGAAUUUGCGCAUCACUGUGUAAACUGUUGUUAAUGGCUGGCUGUCAUGUCACUCCACCCCUAGCACAAGUGGGAGCAACAAACCACAAUCUCUGACAUAGCAUUACAUUUGAACCAGAGAUACUGGGUUGCUUUUCUCUCUCAUAAGUAAAAUACAACCCAUCUAGUUGCGCUUCACGAAUGAAUUGUGUCGCUUAAAGGAGCUUUCC